CAUGAGAGGGAUUUCUAUACAUUUGUGGUGUCCGUGGCAGAAAAGUCUGUGUUAGUCUGUGGGAAUCGCGUGAGAGUGCACGUCAUGCACUAAAUAGAUUACGGUACCACAAAAUGUCAAUGCCUGAAAAAGAUACCGAACUCAAAGAUAUUGCAUGGCUCUGCGGUCUGUUCACUCUCUAUAUUGCAUUCUUAUUAAGGUUCUUCUCAUUUAGCUACGUGCUCGGAUUUUUUCUCACAGCUGCCUUCGCUUUUCAUCAAUUCUACUGGCGCCGCCGUGGUCUUCCACCUGGGCCUGUUCCACUACCGCUUAUCGGGAAUGCGUUGUCUAUGGAUUUGAGCAAUCCGGCGAAGACAUUCGGCUUAUGGCAUGCCUUGUACGGUCCCAUCUAUACGGUAUGGCUGCCACAUCCAAUGGUCGUUAUGGCUAGUCAUGAAGCGCUCAAAGAGGCCCUGAUACGUCAAGGCCUAGCAUUUGCUGGACGCCCAUCCGGCUACAUCUGGUCCAUGUUUACGAAGAACACAGUACAUGGUGAUGGAAUUAUUCUUUGUGAGGGUGAACGCUGGGAACAGCUACGCGAAUUUGCGCAUAAAAUCUUUAGAAACUUUGGCCUUGGUCGAACACUUAUGGAAGAAAAAAUCGUGCAUCACAUCAAUUAUAUGAUUGGGCACAUUGAUGCAAAACUUCAUGGCAAUAAAAGCAUCAAAAUUGACAUGGAGGAGCCAAUUUCGCUUUGUGUAGCGAACAUCAUCCAAGAUUUUGUGCUUGGCAAAUCGCACACGUUUGGCGAUCCUCAAUUUCGCAAGUUCAAGAGACUUAUUGAUGCUGUGCUGGCUGACCUGACUUCAAAAUCUGUGCAGCUGGUGAAUGCUUAUCCUAUCCUGGCAGUUUUACCAUUUCCAGCAGUGAGAAGAUUCAGGGAGAAUGGCUUUGCUUUGCAAAGAUAUUUCUUAAACAUCAUUCGAGAACAUCGCGAGCGCUUGGAAAUGGAUGGAGAGCCUCGCGAUUUUAUGGAAGCGUAUCUGAGGGAAAUGGUAGUGCAGAAGGACAAUCCACAUUUUAACGUUUUCACCCUUGCACUGGCUUCGGGUGAUCUCUGGACUGGUGGCAUGGAAACCACAGUGACGACACUGCGUUGGGGAAUCGCCUAUCUACUUUAUCAUCCAUCUGUGCAGAAGAAAUGCUACGAGGAGAUACUUAAGAUAUUCGGCGAUGAACAGCCAUGUUAUUCCCGUCGUAAACAACUUCCUUAUGUGGAAGCUACAAUAGCUGAACUACAACGUGUAACAAACGUUUUGCCGUGGGCUAUUCCUCAUCGGACCAUGGAAGAUGUGGAAAUCAUGGGGUUCCAUCUGCCCAAAGGUACCGUAAUCUUACCACAGUAUGGAACUGUGCACUGCGAUACGCAUUACUACCCGGAACCUGAGAAAUUCAGGCCAGAAAGAUUCCUUGAUGAGCAUGGAUACUAUAAAAAGCGUCCAGAGCUGAAUCCCUUUGGUAUGGGCAAAAGAACGUGCCUUGGCGAAAAUCUUGCAAGAUACGAGUUGUUCCUCCUCUUCACGACGUUACUACAGAGAUACGAGUUCCGACCAAUAGAGGGUGAGCCACUACCGUCACUAAAACGAAGCGAAGGAAUGACCAACGUGCCACAAAAUUAUCGAUGUGCCAUAAUCAAAAGGGGUCCAGCUGAGAAUUCGUGCAAAAAGAUGCGAUGGUCACCUGAGUUAGGUGACAUCAUCGUCGCAUCGCCACAUCUCGCUUUGGAACGGAAUCAAACUCAUGUCGGCGAGGCUAUCCUCAGACGUAAACGUGCAUGUAAGAGUACGCUGAAGAGUAAGCUCGAACAGAAAUACGUAGUUGGUACACUUGCUGCGUCAGGGUUAGGGCCUUUUGCCACCUUCGUCUUUUCUUUACGUGGUGUUCAAGACUUGAAAGAUGUUCAAACUCUUAUUGCAAGCGAUCCUAAACUUGCAGCAAGUCAAAUAACAGACUGCCAAGGUGUUAUGAAACGCGAUGUUGUACUGCUUAUUGAUACAGCAGCACCCACCUCGUCUGAUGAUAAGAAGACCGCACUGGCAAAUCUCCAAAGCAAGUUAUCCGCAGGAAUUCCGUUCCAAUCGGGAGCCAGAGUGGCUAUAGUUAAUCUUCAAAAUAGCCAGGUUAUAGGAGAUUUUGCUGCUAACGCUAGCAGUUUCAACGACAACUGGGGAGAGCUCUUGCAAAAUUCAUUCAACACCACCAUUGGCUCCAUUGAUGUCUCUCUUGCUUACGGAACUGUUGGCAGCCUUCUCAGGAAGUCGAAUCCAAUGGAAGCAAUUCUCAUCACUGAUCACAUUCUGGCGCCAAUUGCACCAGAAGAUGAUGUACGCCUCAAAGGAGUGUUUGUCUCAGCUGCGCUGCCUACAAAGCUCAACCUUCCAGGAGUCGAUAAGCUGACCACAGUUUCGAAAAGUUACGCGAACUGGACCGAUAUGGCCGCACAAGAUCCCUUCGCCACUUUAUUCUGCCAAUACAAUGACGGAACAGCGCUCAACAACGCUCGCUUCAGUAGCAGUGCAGCAGUAGAUGGAGAUACUCCAAAGUGUCAGAAGCUUGACAUUAUCGUUGUAUUUGACACUUCUCAAAGUGUUGUAGAGCCAUUUGUGCAGCAAUAUGUAAAAUUCUCGAUUGAUUUCAUCCAACAAUACACUUUGAGUGGAGCACCCGAUGGCGACAACACCCGCACAGGAGUCAUUCAAUUCAGCUCUACUGCAACCACCCUCCUUCCACUGGACGAACAUUUCUUGGAUGAAUUCAAAGCAGUUGUCAAUGGAAUUCACUAUACUGGUGGAACUACCAACACCCUCGAGGCCAUGAAAAGAGGACUAGAAAUGUUCAAGGGCUCCCCAACUACCCACGGUCGAGCGAUGGUGUUCCUCUCAGAUGGACAACCCUAUCCUCUGGACUCGGACACUUGGUCUCAAAUCGAAAGUGUGGGAAAUGAGCUGAAAGCGAUGGGUGUUGACAUAUUUUUCGUUGGUGAUGACAAUGGUUAUGACGCGGAUACGAGAAAAAUUUUAUCCAACAUCACCGGUAAUUCUGAUUGGGUAUACAAUCAGGUCUCAGAUGCAUCAGUAAGUCUGCCAGUGGACCUUCUGAAACAGUUUCCAUGCCCACCAAGAGUUUGCGAAAUGGCUUACUAUGCAGUGGAAAUUUCCGAAGCUCUCCCGGAACAGAACAAAAUUCAGAGCUUGUAUUUUAUCUUGCAAGUGGCACAGAAUGUUUACAAUCAGAAGAAUUCCACUCAGUUCCAGCUCAUGGUUUACAAUGAUAAUCAAUAUUUCCUACCAAAAAAUGGUAACUAUUCUUUUUACGAUUUCAAAUCGACUGUGACGAGACUGAUUCAAGAUAGAGAAUAUAGGCAAAGUUUUUCAAGCGGACAUACCAGAAUUGAUACAGCCAUUAAUUUCUUGGCCCGCGACAUGAUUAUUCAGCAGGAGCGACGUCCAUAUUUCCAGAGUAGUGUACUUUUUGCUGGACAAGCAAACUCUGGAGCACUAGACCCAAUAAACGACGAAACCGCACAAAAACGAGAUCUUACACGAGCUGCGCAGACUAUCUCUAGCGUUUGCUCCUUAGUUUAUGCGCUUGAUGAUUCCAAUACCAACACAAUUGCAUAUGGACCUGAUCUGUGGUAUCUUGUUGUACCCAAAACGAGAACGAUACGCAUAUCAUCAAAUGAUCUUGAGAAGGACCUCGAAGCCACUGAUUACUAUACGCAGGUGCAAGCAUUAGAGUGUCGAUUACCGGACCUAGCAAAGUGCGCACUAAAUUUCAUUGAUCUCGGUGUGGCUUUCGAUUUAACCGGACCCGAACCGCUGACGAACAAUAUUACUGAUUAUGUCAAGAACAUUCUUGGACAAUUUAACACACUUUACACAGCACAUAUUUCCAUGUACGGUUAUGGAGGCGGUAAGCAGCCACGGAUUCUUGCAUCAUUAUCGACACAUCAGGAUAUGAACGACGGUUUCAAUAAUCUCGCGCACUGGCAGCUUGGCCUGCCUUUUGAUACAACAACGAUGUCGCCCACAACUCCAAUGAAAGGAGAUGAGGUGCUUCUCACCGAAAAUGACUACACACCGAUAACCUCCGAUGAUAUCGACGGUCUCUUCAACCUCAUACACUCUCAAUUCGGUUGUAGAAGUUAUUCUGACGAUGCGGAUCGAAUUCUCGCUCCAAAUGUGAUCUUUGUCGUUUCGGAUAACUUUGAAUCAUACACCAACGUCUGGAAUAAAUUCAUAGACGAAAGGGACAGCGGCUGGGGAUGCGACGAUUGCCCGGGAACACCUGCUUACGUGUUCUUAAGCAGCAACACAGUGGCUGCUCCAUCCACGCUUGGAGCGACAUACAACAUCAAUGAUCCAGAGGCCUUCGAGCUGGAUUCGUCCAUGAAAGCUGUCAAUUAUUUCAAUUCCAUUGUCAAUGGCAUUUGUACAAUGCCUUUAAGGAGCUGUUGCACCUAUAAAGUUGCGAACGCAUGUCAACGAAAGACGAACUUUUGGCAGAUUUAG